CGCCGAAGCCGGAGCGGCCGCCGGCGCCGCGGCCGCGGCCGCUUCUACCGAUUGCACUCAUUGAUCAGGAAUCGAAAUAUUUCCCGAGUCUUGAAGGAGAAGAAGAAGAAGAAGAAGAAGAAGAAGAUGAUGAUGAAACUCUGUUCUGGCGGGAAUGGGAGCGGAUGGACAAUGAGUUGCUCGACAAAUUGAGGCGGGGGGACGAGACAUUAUUCCCACCUGAAACAGAUGCGGAUCACCGGGUCAUUGAGGUUCGUGGUAAUGGUAAUGUCGGUAAUCAAGCAGGGCGCAGGGGUUGCCGAGGAGUUACCGUCGGCGGAAACUCGGCCCUCCAUAUCGUGGCUACUUUCGGGCACUUGGAGCUCGCGAAGCGGAUCUGCGACAUAGAUUGCUCCCUCCUGGAGGCACGCAAUGCGGCGCUCGAGACGCCGCUGCACUGUGCUGCGAGGGCCGGGGCAGACCAAAUUGUGUUCCUCUUUAUUUCAAAGGUCCGCCAGGGUGAGGAGGCGGUACUCCGCGUCACAGAUCGGAAAGGGAAGACAGCAUUAUAUGCGGCGGCUGAAGAAGGUCAUGACGAGGUGGUGAGAAUUUUGUUGUCUAAGGAUCCUGAGCUGGCGGGUAUCGUCGACUAUAAUGGUGUAUCUCCACUCUAUGCUGCCGUGCUGUCGAAAUCGCUCAAAGUUGUUCAGAAGUUGGUAGAAGUCCUUGGUGACAGAGGGGACGCGCCAGAGGCAUCCUAUGCCGGACCGAAAGGCCAAACUGCACUGCAUGCAGCCGCCAUCGUCCAAAGCCCAGAAAUUGCAGAGAGACUACUACAGUGGAAAUCAGAACUUGUAAAGAAAGUCGAUAAUUCAGGAAGCACUCCCCUUCACUAUUUAGCGACAGCUACAAACACUUAUAUGGUGCGUCAACUAUUGAAAGAUGGCCGUUCUACUGCUUACUACUCAGAUUGUGAAGGGUUUUAUCCGAUACAUAUUGCUGCUAGUAUGGGGAGUUGCCGCAUAAUUCAUGAGCUUAUUGCCUGUUGUCAUGAUAUGGAUGAGUUAGUAGAUAACAAAGGAAGGAAUUUUCUACAUAUUGCUGUACAAGAGAACAAACUGAUGGUCGUUAAGUAUGUUUGUCAGAAUCGAGAGCUUGCAAAAAUGAUGAAUGCACAGGAUAAUCAUGGGAACACGCCGCUGCAUCUUGCUGUAUCUUCUCAGAACCGAGAAAUAGUGAGACUUCUAUUGGAAAAUAAAAGUGUACAUCCAAGUAUCCAGAAUAAGAAACGACGAACCCCUCUAGAUCUUGCCAUCACCAAGAUCGACUAUAGCUUAAUCUCACUACAGAACCCGCACAUCUGGAUUUUUCACUGCUUACAACAGAUUGGUGCCAUCUACGGCCCUCAACGACUGGACCGCUUAAUAUAUGACUCCAGACGCAAAGACAUCGACAUCGCCAGACAAAAUCUUGACAAUGAACAAAAGAAGUACGGGAGUACAGCUAAAAAUCUAGUAAUUGUCUCAGUACUUAUCGCUACCGUGACAUUCGCUGCAGCUUUCACCAUGCCUGGGGGUAACAUUGCUGACGACCACCAAAAUGGAGGCACGCCAACUCUAGCAAGAAAAUAUGCUUUCACGGCUUUCAUCAUCUCAGAUUUCAUUGCAUUUCUUUGUUCCCUCAUGGCUACGAUUUGGCUUAUGUAUGCUGGCUCACUUGCCAUACAUCAUUCUCGCCGGUUAGAACUCAUUCUGCGAUCCCAAUACUUCAUUAGCAUAGCGGCACAAAGUAUGGUAGCAGCAUUCGCAUUGUCCGUGUAUGUGGUGCUGGCCCCAGUUAACAGUCUCAUUGUCCUUGUUGUCUUCAUAUUUGCGUUCCCGUCAGUCUUGUUAUGCAGUCCAGAUAUUUGGCAGCGAUUUCGUCUCACAAUGACAAUACAGAGAAGACUAGGAUGGUCAACAAUAUUGUGCAAACCCUGCGUAAUAGGGCGACCAUUCGGGCUCGGUACGGAGAGUUUUAACUGGUUUAUCUUUGGGCCGAUAGUGUAUUAUUUGCUAGUUUAUAUACUCAUCUUUGGGGUAUCACUGAUUCUUUCCAUCAAACAUUUGCAUUUUACCUAAAAGUGGGUGCGAAUUAAAUCUUUCAUUGUCAUCAUCCAAGGGCCAACUUUUUUACACUAGUCUUUGUUAGAUGUAUGCCCUAGAAGCCAACCAGGCCGAUACAUGUAUUCUUUCUAGGACAUAAUUUUGUAUUUGGUUUUAAAAUAUUAUGAAUAACUUUGGGUUUU